AAAGGAUUUGAUUUAAAUCCCUCUUCUGUACACCGCUCAAAUAUUCCGUUUCACUGGGAAAUACGUCACAGUACAGAAGCUAAAGACACUCCAACUUCCGGUUCACUGGGACUUUAAAGUGGUAUUUCUGCGCUUUUAUUUUUAAAGGCGAGCUCUCUCGUGUUCCGGUGUGUGCCACAAUAAAGCCAGCGCGGUGUAAGCGGACCGGUGAAUCUUAACCAACAGGAGAGGGAAAAAAGAGGAGAGGAAGAUGAAAGAGCGAGGGAGGUAGAGAGGCAGAGAGAGAGAGAGGGACGGACCAUCCUACCAGCCGCUGUAGAGGAGGUGUUUCAACAUGACAGCGUUGCGUCAGAGGAAGGGCAGCAGGGGGAAAGAGCCCCCUCUGGGUGCAGAGUUUCAGUCCCAGCAGUCCAACUGUUGCACCGAUCAUCAUCCAGAGAAGAUCUUGCACGGUGAUUGGUCAUGGGGGGCAAUAAUCUGGACAUCGGUUGGUUGGUCUGUGGCCGUUGGUCUGGGCCUGCUGUGCUGCAUCUACGUGGCGACGCUGCAUGAGAAUGACCUGUGGUUCUCCAACAUCAAGGAGGUGGAGAGGGAAAUCUCCUUUCGGACAGAGUGUGGACUAUACUACUCCUACUACAAGCAAAUGCUGCAGGCCCCAUCCAUACAGGAAGGGCUCUCAGAUUUGAUCCAUGACAAUUUGACAGAAUCCAAGAGGACCAUUAAUCUCCUACAGCGAAUGAAUAUCUACCAAGAGGUCUUUCUCAGUGUUCUCUACAGAUUGUUGCCCAUUCAGUCAUAUCUGGAGCCAGUAUAUUUCUAUAUUUACACAGUGUUCUCGCUCCAAGCGGUGUAUGUGAUCGCUCUGUACCUCACAGCAUGGCUCCUGUCUGGCUCCUGGCUGGCUGGUGUGCUCACUGGGGUCUGGUACAUCCUCAACAGGGUAGACACCACUCGUGUUGAGUUCACCAUCUCCCUCAGAGAGAACUGGUCUUUACCUUUCCUAGCACUACAGGUCACUGCUAUCACGUGUUAUCUCAGGCCUCAGCUCACUGCCUUACAACAGAAGGUGAUGGUGUGGUUAAUGUAUGUGACGACAUUCUGCUUCUGUCUGACGUGGCAGUUCAACCAAUUCAUCCUACUUGUUCAGGCUCUCAUUAUAUACACCCUGGACUGUGCUGACUUCCUAACAACCACACAGGUGACCACGCUGUACCUUGUUCAAGUGAGUGGUCUGCUGAGUGUGUGGCUCCUCCAGUUCUGCAACUCCAUGAUACUGGGAUCACUGGUACUGAGCUUCAUUGUAGCCGUGCUGUUCAUCAGGCACUGCCAGUCUGGUCUGAAGACAGGAAGCCUGCUGGUUCGUCUGGGCAAACUGCUUCUCCACAGCGCCAUGGUUUUCCUCCUCACCAUCACCAUCAACUAUCUUACCAAGAAAGCACUUCAACUGAAAUCAGAUGAGCACAUCUUUAAAUUCAUCAAGUCAAAGUUUGCCUUGGGGCCCACAAGGGAUUUCGAUGCCAGUCUGUAUCUUUGUGAGGAAGCCUUUGGCCUGCUGCCCCUCGACACACUGGAGCGCCUGGCUGGUACUCUGCUGCUGUACCCCUACGUCCUUACGCUGCUGCUGCUCAGCGGCAUGCUGGCAGUGGCCACACUGCAGAAACUGAGCAGGCCUAAAGUAGGUUCAGUCGAGGAGAGGAAAGGAGCUGGAGAGGGGCGAGUGGUGACGUUUCGUCCAGAUGUGGCCUAUAAUUUGUUGCAUACACUGUUCUUUGGACUCCUGGCUUUCAGCACUAUGAGGAUGAAGUAUAUAUGGACUGGCCAUAUGUGUGCGGUUGCGGCAUAUGGUGUGUGUGGUACAGAGUUGUGGACUCUGAUCCUCAACACCCUCCGCUGCAACAGCAAAGUUCUGUUUAGGCUUGUCAGAUAUGCAGUUCCACUGGCAAUGAUCGGUUUCCUGUAUUACAAGUUCUGGCCUAAGCUGAUGGAGGAGUUAUCAGAACUGAGGGAGUUCUAUGAUCCAGACACUGUGGAGCUCAUGACCUGGAUUAGCACAAAGACCCCUAAGCGGGCUGUAUUUGCAGGAAGCAUGCAGCUGCUGGCUGGCAUCAAGCUGUGCACAGGCAGAGUUCUCACCAACCACCCCCAUUAUGAAGAUAAAGACCUGCGGGAGAGGACCAGACAGGUAUAUCAGGUGUACGCUCGCCGGUCCCCGGAGGAAGUUCAUGACAUCCUGAGAGCCGCGGGGGCCGACUACGUGGUUUUGGAAAACAGCAUCUGUUACGAGCGGAGGCACAGGCGAGGCUGCAGACUGCGGGACCUGCUCGACCUGGCCAACGGACAUAUCAUGGACGGAUCAGGAGAGAAUGAGCCAGACCUCGUUCCCGCCUCCCACCCUCGAUUUUGCGAGGCCAUCAAGACGGAGACGGCGGCUUACACCACCCUGUUCACCAUAACGUUCCAGAAUAAAACCUUCCACGUGUACCGGGUCAAGAAGAAACGCAAGAAGAGCGCCAAGAGCUCGUCAGAGCCCAGCGCGACUCCGUAGCAGGAGCAGAGCUGCAAGAGAAACCCCGUCAGAGGCCAGAGGGAAGAGAGAUGGAGGAGAAGAAGAGAUAAAAGCACUGAGUCCUCACUGUUCCUCUGUCUCCUCUCUGCACUGUGCCCAGCUGUGAUCAUGCCCAUUAUUUUUUCAACACAUGGUUGUGUGAACUGUGGUGUUAGAGCAGUGGGCUGGUUCCAGCUUGGGGCUACAUUGUUUUAGUUUGUGGAGUGUGGAAGCACCUAUAGGAGUCCUGCUUCGGGGUGUUCUGUCUCCAGCCGCCUUCCUCCCAGCCCACAAUGGUGCAGAUGAACAGACACAGAAACAAUCAUUUGAACUCUAAGCAGGGCCUGGAAUACCACGAGCAACCACUAAUAAUUUAGUUUCAUUUGAAGUAGUGUGUGUCAUUUCUGCACAGCAGCAUGAAAUGAACAAAGUACCAGUCAUUGCUACAUAGAAACACCUAGAAAUAGAGUUCAAUAGCAUCUAUCAAAGCUGGAUCCAGCAUCAACAAAAGCAAGAAAAGUCAUAAAUAACUUCAUAUUUAAAAAACUACAACUCUAAGAUUGACAUUCAAAUACUCUAUACAUUGUAAUAAAAAGAAGCUUUUCUAGAUAUACAUAUAUAUAUAUAUAUAUAUUACAUACCUACAUGUUUUGUACAUUAUUCUUUGCCAGUGAAAAUAAGAGUAGUAAAUUAAAGAUUUGUCGAGCUUCUGGCGAUUUUUUUGGAAUUGGAUCCAAAAUAGAGCUGGGCCUCGUUUCCCAAUAACGAUCGAUCCUAGAAGUUGAGAGCGUUUCUACAAAAUGUUUCUACAAAUGUUCUUAAAUUACUACACAUGUUUACCGAAGCAGUAUUUAUUAAGGUAAAAUGUAGCAGUGGCUGUUCCUAUAAGUUUCAUGAAUGUGCACAUCAUUCUGUCGUUAUUUCUGUAUUAGACUUGCUGUAUAUAGGUGUGAGACACCCUAAUAUAAAUAGAAAAGAGAAGAUACAGAAAAUACUCCUCAGGGCAGCGGCAUGUCAGCCAGAAGAGAUGAAUAUAUGAGGAAAGAAGAGGGAGACGUGGAUGAUGAUGAUGAUGAUUAAUUCACACACCAUCACUCAUUUUAUAUCAAACGUCACUUAACAAAGAACAUCAGUGUUCAUUAUACAGUAAAAUAAAAAAAUGAACCAAAACAAUAAACACAUCACUCUUUAAUCUACGAUCAUUUCUAAGAGAGUCUUCAGUUACGAUGCUUUUGGGAAACACCUCUUAAGCUAAAGACUGUUUGUAAGAUGGAUUUUAUGAUCAUCUUAGUCUUAAGAUGCUUUUGGGAAAUGAGGCUCUGGCUACUGGAACACAACACUAAUUCAGAUUUUCGUUUUAUGAACAUAAUACAUUUUUGGAAAGUGCAAGUUGCCACAGCUGCUCUGACUUAUUUCAGUUAUAAAAGGUACAAGUUAGAUGAAAACAAAUGCACACUGCCAGCAACUGGUGCCAGCAACAAGUGCUCUAUUUUAAAUGUUGAUUACAACUGAAACUUUUUUCUAAUUUAAAGUCAUUUUUUUAAAAAAGUUCUGACUUUUCUGUUCUGUUUUUCCCAAUAUGACACAGAUCUAAUUGGCUGAGAUCCAAAUUUAGAACUAUUCCUCACUUUGACAAUAACAAUCUCACCUCAUGUUCCACUUAUCAGCUUUUUCUGCAGCUUUCUGUAUCAUGUGUUCUUCACCAAUGAGUGGAGUUUAAUCACAUGUCAUUAAAAAUUGAUCUGUUGUCAUGUGAGCUCAGUAGAUGUUAUGAUUUCAUCCAUAGCAACACUUCUUGUGUUGGCUUAAAAGUUGAGUGUCAAAGUUCAUUCUUGGAAAUAGUAGUUUGUUAACUCAAGGUCCUCUCACUAGCUUUUUCCAGGGCUUUCAACUGUAUCACACAGUCUUCUAAAAGUCCUAUGGAUAAAACAGAUCAGCAAACCCCAUGCACUGAUGAAGACCAUUUGAUAUGGUCUAGAAAAAGCAAGUAAGUGGACCUUGAGUCAGGAUUGUUUUCCAUUGUCAAGAAUAAACUUUGAUGCUGAUUCCUCA